AUGGCAUUACAUUCUGAAGAGGAUAUUGAUCGAACAACCGUCACUGAAGAUUUGCGCGCUGAAGCGGAAAUUGAACUCAUAACCAUCACGGAAGAUUUUCAAUCUCAAGUGAACGUCCAUUCCACCAUCAUGGAAGAUUUACAAUCUCAAGAGGAAACCCAUCCUACCAUCACCGAAUAUUUACAAGCUCAAGAGGAAAUCCAUCCCACUAUCAAGGAAGAAUUACAAGCUCAAGUGGAAAUUCAGCCAACAACCAUCGCGGACGAGCCACAAGCUGAGGAGGAAAGUGAGCCACUAUUGGACCCAGGACAUUUUGAAGAGGAAAUUCAUUCAAUAGUGAAUUCAGAAAGAGCCAUCAUGGAAGACUUACCUAAUGCAGUCAAGUUGCGAGAUUUAGGAGUGAAUCUUAGGCGUCUUUUGACUAAAUGUUUGGUUGAAAUAAACUUAACAAGAAGAGACAGAGGACCUAUGAUCUUUCCAAUGCUUACACUCCAAAUCCCACGCAUUGAAAUAAAAGACGACACAGAAAGUUUGAUUCGAAAUGUGAUGGCCUUGGAGCAGUGUCAUUAUCCAUCAGAAACUUACAUAUGUAGUUAUAUUAAACUACUGAAUUUACUUAUCUACUCUGUAGAUGAUGUGAAUCUGCUUAUUGAGAAGGAAAUUAUUAAAAAUUCUGUGGGCGACAGUGAUGUAGUAGUUGAAAUGUUUAAUAAACUUUGCCAUCAAAUACCACAAAGUGAUUACUGUUACGCCGGUGUUUUAAAGGAUCUGAGAUCGUUCUACGGCAAUGGUUGGAAUCGUAUCAGGGCAAAGUUGCAAGUUAUAGGGAUCAGAUACUUUUUUAAAUUCGUCGGAGCUGUUGUUGCAGUUGCAUGGUAUUCUUGGCUAAACGGGUAA